AUGGCGAACAACGGCGGCGCUCCUCCUGUCGGCCAGGAGAACAUCAACACCGACAUCAUCACCCUCACCAGAUUCUUUACCGAACAACAAGCCAAGGCCCCAGAAGCCACUGGUGAUUUCACUCUCCUCUGCCACGCCCUUCAGUUCGCCUUCAAGUCCAUUGCCUACUACAUCCGUCGUGCCUCCUUGAUCAACCUCACUGGACUCGCUGGGUCCUCGAACACUACCGGUGAUGACCAGAAGAAGUUGGAUGUGAUUGGAAACGAUAUCUUCGUCUCUGCAAUGAGAAGCUCCGGCAAGUGCCGCAUCCUCGUUUCGGAAGAGGAGGAGCAAGAGAUCAUUUUCGACGAGCACCCCAAUGCCCGUUACGCCGUUGUCUGUGACCCCAUCGACGGUUCUUCCAACCUUGACGCAGGCGUUUCGGUUGGUACAAUCUUCGGUAUCUACAAGCUACCAGAUGAGGUUCUCGGCCCGAACAAGAAGGUCACCGCCAAGGACAUCCUUCGUCCCGGAACGGAAAUGAUCUCUGCUGGAUUCACCAUGUACGGUGCAUCUGCUCAGCUGGUGAUUACCAUGCGUGACGGUGAUGUCAACGGUUUCACUAUGGAAAACUCUCUGGGAGAGUUUAUUCUGACCCACCCCAGCAUGAAGAUGCCUCCCAAGAAGGCUAUCUACUCAGUCAACGAGGGUAACAGCAUGUACUGGGCUCCCUGGGUGAACGAAUACUUCCACUCCCUUAAGUUCCCCGGAGAGGGCAAGAAGCCAUACAGCGCUCGUUACAUUGGUAGCAUGGUCGCCGAUGCCUACCGCACCCUUCUCUACGGCGGUCUCUUUGCCUACCCCGCAGACUCCAAGAGCACCAAGGGCAAACUCCGUAUUUUGUACGAGUGUGCUCCUAUGGCUAUGUUGUUCGAGAACGCAGGCGGUUUGGCCAUCAACUCCAAGGCAGAACGUCUCCUCGAAGCUGUGCCCGAGCACAUCCACGAUCGCAGCGGUGUUUACCUGGGCUCGAAAGACGAGGUCCAGAAGGUCAUCGACAUGUACAAGAAACACCACGGUUAA